UGCAGAAAAUAGUAUAUUCCGAAAUCCCAAUGCUGCAAAUCCUCAGCACCACCACCAACGACUCCUCACAAAAACCCUAAACCCUAAUUGUCCGGAGAUAUUCUUCCUUGAAUUGAAUCCACACGGAACGCAUUGAUGGCUUUCCGACGGAGCGUCGCCGCGCGCGCUAAAACUCUCUAUCAGCAGCAGCGAAUCGCCGUUCCAUUCUCGCACAUCGAUCGCGACGAUGGCGACAGCGAAAAUUUGCCCCGGCAUAGCCCUAUUUACAAUGGCAGUGGGAUCCCCGACAUUCUGCGGCAGCGCAGGCAGUUCGCGGCCGGACCAAAUCUAGGAGGUUUUUACGGAUCGAGGAAUUUGUUUCAGGAUCGGAGAUUUGCAAUUCCAGCUGCUUUCGCGGCGGCUUCUGUGAGGAAAAUGUCAACUCUUGAAAAUGAGGCGGGUGGUGACAAGAUUGAGAUAAUGACUGACAUGGCGGAUGUGCUAGGAGAGACGGCUGUACAGGUGGCACAGGCGGCCCCGGAGGUGGGUGAGGUGGCAGCUGCGGCAGCAGACUCGUUCUUACCUGUGGCUGCACUGCAAUACUUGAUAGAUUACGUGCACACGUUUACAGGGCUGAAUUGGUGGGCGGCGAUUGUUGUUACAACGGUAUUGAUCCGGACGCUUCAACUUCCUCUUACAAUUCAUCAAAUUAAAGCUACUGCAAAAUUCACUCUUAUAAGGCCCAAAUUGGAGGAGAUUCAGCAAGAAAUGAAAGAUAGGGAUAUGAGUCCCGCUGCUGUGCUUGAAGGCCAGGCUAAAAUGAAAAGAAUAUUUAAUGAAUAUGGUGUCACACCGUUCACCCCUUUAAAGGGAAUUCUAAUUGUUGGACCUGUCUUUCUCUGUUUCUUCUUAGCAAUCAACAACAUGGCGGAAAAGGUCCAGUCUUUCCAACAGGGAGGAGCAUUCUGGUUUACUGAUUUGACUACCCCGGAUACAAUGUAUAUUUUUCCAGUUUUGACGGCAUUGACAUUUUGGAUAACGGUGGAGUGCAAUGCUCAAGAAGGUUUGGAAGGCAAUCCAGCUGCCAAAACCAUCAAGAACGUCUCGAGGGUCUUUGCAGCAUUGACGGUCCCUCUCACUGCAAGUUUCUCUAAGGCUAUAUUCUGCUACUGGAUUACCUCGAAUCUGUAUUCCCUCGCGUAUGGAUUGGUUAUAAAGAAGCCUGAGGUAAAGAAGAUGUUGGGAAUCCCGGAUAUUCCAGUACCACCUCCGUCGGCUAAUCAGAAACCCGCCGUCCCAUUUUUCGAGAUGCUGAAGAAGUACACAGCUGCCCAGCAGCGGAUUAAUUCUUUACCGCCUCCAGCAGAUAGAUCCCUAUCCCCACCAGAGCAGUCUUCAUCACCAUCAUCUGCUGAUGAAAUGUCAAAGCCAGGAAGUAGGAAGUUACGGUCAACGCCGUCAUCAGCGCUUAGCCGGAGGAUUAAGAACUUAGAGAAAGAGGUCAAGGGAAGGAAGAAAGGGAACAAGAGAUCUUCCGGGUGAUGGAAAACUAAGAAAUAUAUAACCAAAGAAAUGUAAUAGUUAUUUUUAAUAAUGCAAAUUUAAACUCAUUCUCUUAGCCACCAUGUUUUUGACUUGGAGAGAGAGAGAUUAAUUUUAUUUUGGCCCUGA